AUGGGCUGCGGCACGCGGAGGAGCACCGUGGGCAGGCGGUUGGGUCUGGGACGGCGCCAGGUGGCAGCGGGGGUCUCGGCGGGGGAGCUGGGGGCAGAGACCUGGUCCCGUCACACCCGCUGCAGGACGAGGAGCGCAGAUUCUGCAACUCCACAGUUCUCCGUGUUCUGCGAGUGCAGGUGCACGAGGAGUGUAAACCAGGAGAUACGGAGGCUCCAACCCGUGGCUGAAACUGCAAAUCAACAAGAGAAGAGCCUGCCCGGACACGGAAUCCUGUUAGAUGUGAGAAGACCCCAGACCAACAAUCACCACGGACUGAGCUGCCUGCUGGAACGGGGUCCGAGGGAACCCAUGUGGGGGGCUUCCAGAGCCGCCAGGGCUGAAACGAGGGGCAACCGCAGCGGUGCUGUGCGGAGCGCGUGCUGCGCCACACCGCGCUGUGCACCACCGUCCCGGAGGCCACAGGGAGCGAUGAUGCUCCGGCGCAAAGGACACUUAAUGGGGAAAAAGAGCACUGGAGAUUUUCCUUAUGCUUAUGAAGAAGGAAACAAGACACCGUUUUCAGCAUUACCUGAAAAUAUCAAGCAGCUGGAAGACUAUCUGCAGUGGGAAGAAAUCUCAAAAUACUUGCUACGGCUGCUGGAAGGGAAUGAAAAUAAAAGCGCUCACUUUUUAAAAGGAGGGCUUCCCUGGUCUACCAGGAACACAUGGGAGACAGAUGACAACAGCAGCUGGAAAGAUAUGAUGGACUAUCUGCUUCAAGUCGUGAAUAUGAAAGAGAGCACUCCGAGCUGAAAGAAGGUCUCUAAAUCGUGAAGAAACUGAACACUUUCCGUAAGAGACUAUAUUUCACAAGCACUUGAUUGUGUUAGAUAAUCAACAAGGUCUCUUUUCUGUAAACAAGAUUUCCUUUGUGUAAAAUAUCUAAAUACACAUAUUCUUGUAUGUUUCAGCAAUGACUAAACUCUUUACUUCAUCAUCAAGGUUGCAUUUUUCUCACUUGAAUGGCUUUGAUAUAUAUAAUUGUCACGGAAGGGUCUUCCAAUUAAUUAUAUGACUUACCUAUCUAAUCAGUUCAUCUCUGAGUUCAAAACUACAUGGCACUUCAGCAUUCGCAAUAAAUAGUACUAA